AAAAAUGAGGAACGUACGAACCGCACUCUCUGGCACCGGAGGGAACAGAAGCUUCGAGUUCUCGUUCAGAGUGUUGGCCUUUGCAAUAUCUAUUGUUUUCUGCGUUUUCUUCACUUUCUCUUUUCUCUUCACUACUCGUUUCUACUCCACUACUCACCGUAACAUUGGUUCUGAAUGGGGUGCACAAGGAUUUGAAUCAAUAAGGAGAUCCAUGCUCACACUGAAAACAGAUCCCAUGAAACAACGAUUAGAUCACAUCCGUAAGCAAACUGAAGAUUAUCGUGCUUUGGCUCUGGGGUAUGCAUCCUAUGCACGAAAACUCAAGCUUGAGAGUUCCAAGCUUGUUAGGGUUUUUGCUGAACUCUCAAGGAACUUCUCGGAUCUUAUGAGCAAACCCCAAUACAGUGCACUUUUCAGCUCUCAUGCCGGCCUAAUUAAUGAAUCAUUGCUACGCCAAUUGGAAAAGGAAGUGAAGGAGCGAAUUAAGAUCUCACGCCAAGUGAUAGGCGAAGCCAAAGAGUCCUUUGAUAAUCAGCUCAAGAUUCAGAAGUUGAAGGAUACGAUAUUUGCCGUGAAUGAGCAAUUGACCAAGGCAAAGAAGCAGGGAGCUUUCUCUAGCUUGAUUGCGGCCAAGUCAAUUCCAAAAAGUUUGCAUUGUCUCGCCAUGCGGUUGACGGAAGAAAGGAUUGCACAUCCGGAGAAGUAUUCAGAUGAGGGAAAGUCGACUCCUCCAGAAUUUGAAGAUCCUAAUUUGUAUCACUAUGCCAUAUUCUCGGAUAAUGUUAUUGCAGCUUCCGUGGUGGUCAAUUCAGCAACAAAGAAUGCAAAGGAAUCAUGGAAGCAUGUGUUUCAUGUUGUGACAGAUAAGAUGAAUCUUGGAACAAUGCAAGUGAUGUUUAAGUUGAAGAAUUAUAAUGGAGCACACAUUGAGGUUAAGGCAGUUGAGGAUUACAAGUUCCUGAAUUCUUCAUAUGUGCCAGUGCUUCGGCAGCUAGAGUCUGCUAACCUGCAGAGAUUUUACUUUGAAAACAAGCUUGAGAAUGCCACAAAGGACCCAACAAAUAUGAAGUUUAGGAAUCCUAAAUAUUUGUCAAUAUUGAACCAUUUGAGAUUCUACUUGCCUGAAAUGUAUCCAAAGCUGCAUAGAAUUUUGUUUCUGGAUGAUGACAUUGUGGUUCAGAAGGACCUUACUGGGUUAUGGAAAAUUGAUAUGGAUGGCAAGGUGAAUGGAGCUGUAGAAACAUGUUUUGGGUCAUUCCAUAGAUAUGCACAAUACAUGAAUUUCUCACAUCCCUUGAUUAAAGCAAAAUUCAACCCAAAGGCAUGUGCAUGGGCUUACGGAAUGAAUUUCUUUGAUUUGGAUGCUUGGAGAAGGGAAAAAUGCACAGAAGAGUAUCACUACUGGCAGAAUUUGAAUGAGAACCGGACCUUGUGGAAAUUGGGGACAUUACCACCAGGUCUAAUUACAUAUUACUCAACAACAAAGCCCUUAGAUAAGUCAUGGCAUGUUCUGGGUCUUGGCUAUAACCCAAGCAUCAGCAUGGAUGAGAUUAGGAAUGCAGCAGCGGUUCACUUCAAUGGUAACAUGAAACCAUGGCUUGACAUUGCCAUUAAUCAAUUCAAGCCCAUUUGGACAAAGUAUGUUGACUAUGAGUUAGAGUUUGUCCAGGCCUGCAAUUUUGGUCUCUAAAUGGGGGGAUGGAGAUGAUUGUGAUGCAAUUGAUGAUAGAAAAAAAAAAGAAAGAUGUGAGUUGUAUGAAAUCACUUUAAAAAAAAACUAUUAA